AUGGUCGCCCUGAGAUUAGUCGACUCAUAUAGCGGGUUGGAGAAUAAGGAGUUGAAUGAGAGAAUCUCAGAGUUGGAUAAGAGCUUACAGAGUUAUAAGGAGAAAUAUCUUAAUGUGUUUUAUGAAAAUCAUGCGAAUGUGGAGUUUAUUAAAGAUUUGAAACGGGAGCAUAAAGAACAAUGUGAACGUAUUGAAAACGAUUUCAUAUACAAGAUUGAAAAAUUCUUGUUGAAUAAUGCAUUGCCCUUUCGUGGUCACGAUGAAUCUGAAAUGUCUAUUUCUAAAGGCAUGUUAUUAGAAACAUUAGCCUUAAUUGGUGAUUGCAAUGAGGAUGUAGGUAAAGUUAUAUUAAAAAAUAUUCCAAAGAAUAAUCAAAUGGUGUCUCCAAGCAUUCAAAAAGAUAUUGCUGCUUGUUUUGCAAAUCAAAUACUCAAAUCCAUUCGUAAAGAAGUUGGUGAUGAUGUGUUCKCAUUGCUAGUUGAUGAGUCUAGUGACGUUUCUAAGAAUGAACAAAUGGCGGGGGUUUUACGAUAUGUUGAUGCACAUGGUAUUGUAAGAAGAGAUUUUUUUGGUAUUAUUCAUGUGACGGGGACAUCUUCUUCAAUUCUUAAAUCUGCCAUUGAUACUUUAUUUGUUGAACAUGGAUUGAUUACAAGAAUGGUGAUCAAUGUGGUGAAUGCUUCUUGCAAACGUAAAGACAUGCUUCGACAAAGUUACAAAGAUAGAGUGCAAGAAACAAUUGGUAAGUGUGAAAUUGAAACUGGAACAGGGAAAUACCAAGAGCUUUCUCUUAUACGAGCCGGAGAUACAUGGUGGGGUUCUCAUUACAAAACCAUUUUGAGCUUGAUUGCUUUGUUUCCGAGUAUUAUUGAAGUGCUCCAGUAUGUUAAAGAGGACGGGGAUAAUGGUUUUAGUCGCACUCAAGCAACUAAUAUUUUAGCAUAUUUGAAGACAUUUGAUUUCUUCAAUGUAUCAGAUUUAUUGAAGUUGAGUAAGUUGUAUCCUCAAGAUUUUAGUCAUAUGGAAAGGAUCGCUCUUGAGAAACAACUUAACAUGUACUAUUUGAUUAUGCGUCAAGAUGAAAGAUUUGCCAAUUUGAGUGGUAUUACCGAGCUCGCUAGAUUGCUAGUGGAAACAAAAAAACAUACAACUUAUCCUCUAGUAUAUCGAUUAUUGAAGUUAGCUUUGGUUUUUGCAGUUGCUACUGCAACAGUCAAAAGAUGUUUUUCUGCUAUGAAGAUUGUGAAGUCAGAUUUUUGCGCAACAAAAUGGUGA